GCGUCUUCUAUCCCCUUUUUCAUUCAUUUCAUUUCAGGACUGCCCAAAAAUCCCGAUCAAGUAAAAAACACGCAAAAACCUCGUAUUUGGCUCACUAUCUCGUGUUCUCACGCUCCCAAAAUAAAGAAAAAUAGACGCCAGUCUCGUUACCAUCACCACAUCUUUCACGCUUUCCCCAAACAGUCUAAUUAUAAACACGAGAAAAAUGGUCGUUCUAUUCCAAUAGUCUCUCUAUGUCUCUUCCCCCAUCCACUCAUAUCAUGCCGCAUAGAAACAACAUCGUCGAAUAUUGGGAGGGCAGGCUACCUAACUCGGCAACCUGACAAAGACCAUUCACCCGUCCCCAGCCAAACAGAGAAAUGCUACAAAAAAACAACUCAAUCAGAGAUGAACCACCCCAUGCAUACUUUUGUACAUUCGUACAUAAAUAGACCUGUUUGGGUCCCUCCUCUUCUUGGCCCCCCUGCCACCCAUUUCUCGUAUUCACAAGCGUCCACCCCAUGGGCUAGACCUAGAACGGGACGGAUAUCCGCCAUCGCCUAAUUCAUAGCCACCAAAGAGCAGUCGUCCUCGUCUCUUUUUUCUCUCUCUCAGGGCCCCCGUUUUGCCUCGUGGUACGAGUAACCAUUUCCAGCAUCCCCGUAUACAGACAGGUAUUGGCUCCCUCAUCCCAAGUCCAGUCCAGUUCAUCCCGUCUCUGCAGAGGAGGAGACGGACGUUCCCGUAAGCCAAAAUAGAAAACCGACUCGUGCCCGUUUCCCCAGGACCACACAGCCCAGCAGAGCCCAGCCCAGAGCCCAGCCCCCAU